CAGGCACGUUUCCUCCUGACAACCUCAGAUAGCCCGUCACGUAAACAACUUUCCCUCACACUUAUAAUAUACAACCUGCUUCAACCACUGCCUUGAGAUGUAGUGAUACAUCAAAACCACAGAAGAGUGCUGAAGAUUUAUGAAGAGAUAGUCCGGUGUAUUUUUAGAGAGGGUGGAGUGAGUUCACGGAAGCAGUUCAGGCCGUGCCCACAGUGUCGACCUGCCCUAUUCCCGCCAUUCUUUCCGCGCGCCUCCCCAUCUGGACCGGGUUAAGGUGCUAAGUGAAAAGUCGUGAGAAUGUGAGAGAGAAGCCGCACAGGCUACACAGCUCUCUACUUUGUGUGGCAGCAGCACGGCGGAUCGUCUUCUCCUCUUGGCUUGAGUACUCACAGAGACCGGGGCGGCAACUGGAACUGGUCAAGAGACCAAGCAUGGCGAGAAUACUCCUGGUGCUGGUACUGGCUGCAGUCCAGACGUUAGCGGAGGAGGGUCUGUUCGGGUUUGACGGGUUGGAUGGGGAGCUGGCCGGCUUCCUGGAUGACGCCAAUAAAAUCACUCUGAGUGGCGUGACGGGAGAGCUGCCGGGGGAAGAGGAUCACGUGGUCCUGCAGUGUGACGUCAUGUCUGACGACAAGGACUUCCCAGAAAAGAGCGGGAAUUGGACGCGAGCAGCUGCUGCCUUCGCCAGUCACCUGAUCAUCCAAAUGCCGCAAAGCGACGAGAAGAAGGCGGAAGUGAUCCAGGAAGGUAAGGAGGAGAUCAUAGGAGAACAGCUGGCGUGGCUGGAGCAGCAUGACCAGAUCAACCAGCAGCAGAGCACCAUCCUGGAGAGGAAGGCCAAACUCAAGAACCUGUACGGAGACAUGGAGGAACUCAUCAAGCUGCAAACAUCCCGGGUCCAGACAUACAUGGACAGGAUCAAGCAGUCUGACCAGUGUGAGGGGCAGUGUGAGCACCAACAGUUCUGCGCGCUUAACGUCGACUCGGGAAAGUUUGGAUGCGUUCCCUGCAGCGAAUGUAGACCUGGCUUCAAGGAAAUCUCUCAGUGUACAAAGGCUCGAGAUGUCCGCUGUGAGGACAUCAAUGAAUGCGCACUGGGGAUCGUCAGAUGCCCCCCUCCCACAACCUGUGUGAACACUCUGGGCGGUGCGCUGUGCGUGGAGGGAUUCACCCCUUGCAGGAAGACCGAGUACUUCGACAUCGCCACCGAAGAGUGCCGAACAUGCACGAAGUGUAAGUCCGCGGCCGACAUUGCCCGACCGUGCACGGAGUUCUACGACCAGAUCUGCUCCAUCAGCGCCUUCUCGACGCUCGCCUACUUCUGGUUUGGGAACACGUUUAACGUGCAGGAAAUCAUCUCAAGGGGGAGCUACCGAAAUCUUGAUCAGAAGCUUCCUCUGAAGUCCGGAGCGCCCAACAACGAGGUCUUCGUCUCCGGUGACGUCACUGAUCGGGUGGAGGUGAACAAGGAAGGCAUUUUGUGGGUGGACUACAACUUUGCCAUGAAGCAUUCUUGUCGCAAGUUUGUGCAGAUGACCAUAAAGACUAAGGGAAGUGGGGACAUGGCGUCGGCUAGGAUACAGGACACGGAUGGAAAACUGUACCAGAGUGCUCUGCUGAGCGGAGCGAUACAACUGGAACCCAAGAGUGAACUGACCCUGGAGAUCCAGAACCGGUUCUGUUUCCUGCCGUCUGUAGCGGUCCGCCCGUUGAGGAACAACCGGCUGAAGGAGCUGUCCAAACUGGCGGGGCCGCUCAGCGUCCUCUGGCUGUCUCCUGAGCUUGGAGCCGUUACAGCGCGUGCGUACACCCGCCUCCACACCUGGUACAGAACAUGGAGGGUCUUUCUUGAUUACCCUGAAUCCUCGGACAAGUACGUUGUCAAGCUGCUGAACAACCAUCUCUUUAAGUUUAGCAGAGACGGAGUCGUGAAGUUUUCCUUUACACAAGCAGUCUACUCAGUAAACCUGGGCGGCCAGAAGCCCUGCACACAUCAGGGCCUGACGGUGUCGCCUAAGAUCGAACGCAGCAGCCAAAACGUCACCAUCUUCAAACGGUUCCACAAGGGCGUGACCCGGAAGUACACCACCAUCGAGGCUUCCGGUGUGGUCCCAGUCAAGGAGGGAGAGGUCCUGUACUUUGAUGUGGAGACAAUGUUGGGAUGUCAAACAUGGUACUUCGGCGCCACGAGAGAAGAAGACAAGAACGGCAUCGGUGUGGCCAACGUGCUGUGGGUUCCCACGGAGUUCUCGGCGUCCUUCCGUGCCGAACUGGUACCCGACAUCGACUGGUCACAGAACGAGACGGAGCUGCAGUUCCAGUACAUCAGCACCAGUCGCGAUGGUGUGUUCCGGAUGGAGGAUGGUAGUCAUCUCACGUUCAAACAGUCCGGACACGCCAACAUCAACUUCUACAUGAAGAUGCAGCACUCCUGUGACUACAUCAAGCUCAUAGCCUUCUACUACACUGUGGACAGUAAAAAGGCAGUAGCCGUCGCACAACAGGUCCUCGGUAACACGCAGGGCAUGUGGGACGGCGUGGCGCUCAGCAGCUCGCACAAGGUGGAGGAGGACUCCCGGAUGUACCUGAAGCUGUUCUGUGUGAGAGGAGAGGUGGAGAGGGUGGCCUGGGAGUGGAACACGCUGUCUGUCAUGUGGAUCCACCAAUGAUUCAAGCAGGCCUGAUGGGCGUGUAGAAAACCUUUUCUUGUCAUUUCACCUUGUUGGUACAUGGUGAGCUUACCGGCAAUAGGUACCUUUGUUGAUGAGCUUACCGGCAAUAGGUACAGUGGUGUCCAUAAUGCUCAGAACUUCAUUUAACAAUGUUGAAGAGCUUAUUGGCAAUAGGUACCUUUGUUGAUGAGCUUACCGGCGAUGGGUACAGUGGUGUCCAUAAUUCGCAGAACUUCAUUAGGCAAUGUUGAUAAGCUUUACCGGCAAUAAGUACAUUUGUUGAUGAGCUUACCGGCAAUUCGUACAGUGGUGGCCAAAAUGCUCAGAACUUCAUUAAACAAACAUACAAAGACAGCAAAUCCAGUGAUUUUGUGUCUGCCAAUUCGUUUGCUAUAUCUUAGCAGAUACCCACUAUUUAUCUAUUCGCCAAAUGAGUUUAGUUAACAUGACUAUACUUUCUGGCGUAUCAUGUAUGAUACAACCUUCCCAAGUAAUGCUUUGUGUUGAUCGCCAGUAUAUGAUAUCCAUUUUGAACUAAACUUGGAUGGUAGUGGUAGUUCUUUAUAAACUUUAUAUUGCACUAUGUAGCUAUAGUUUAUAUGCAUGUUUGACUCUAUCCAUAUUUGCGCAGCAGCAACAUAGGUUCUAGUUCAUACACAUGUACAGGAAAUAAUCUCAAAUCCUUCAGACUAUUUUAAUGAAUAGAUAACAGGUCAAAUGAUACAGGGAAGGGACUGUACGAGUUAUCUCAAGAAAGAUAUCACUACAUCUAUAGAUACCUUUGCUGAAAUAACUCAGAUAGCGCCCCCGUGGAGUCUUUUCUGUAGACAUAUGCUCAGUUGAGGUAUGGCUGUGGACUACCAGGGGUAACCAGACUAUCUCUGCAGGGAUAUUUGGUAAUGCCCCAGCUUAUAUGAUAGUGGUCUACAAAGAAAAAAAGCAUUUGCAGCUGUCCGUGUCGCCAAAUCUACCCUAGAUAGGCUGUCUGCUGAAGCUCCAGACAACUAAGUUGGUGCAUCAUCCAACAUCUUUUUUUUUUAAUUUGUUAACCUGAUUAUCCAAGUGUAUUGAUUUAAGUACAACUUUAUCAAAAGACUGUAUUUUGUCUGUUUUAUUUUUACAAUUAAUCGGACAGAGCGUGGUGUUCUUUUAUUGUGAAGUAUGUUUUCCAAGUCUAUAUAUUCUUAAGGUUUAUGCUAGCUCAGUGUGCAUAGUAUUAAUAUUUACGUGUAUAUUGCAGUUUCAAAGAUGUGAGUUCUUAAAAAAAUGUAGGUAACAGUUAACUAAAGAUAUUUACCCCUACAGGGGUGACCAAACGAUAAUUAAGGUAUUAUGGUUAUAUCUACAUUUACGAAAAGGCUGAGACGGUUGUAAGAAUUAUUUCCAUUUGCAAACGUUAUCAUUAUUCGUUCUUGAAACAUCACAGUAGUUUUCAUCAUGCUACCCUAAAAUAGGUAUUUUUUUCUCUGUGUGGUUAAAAUUGUACUAUUUCUGUAACGGUUAGGUUUAAAAGUGGAGUGUUAUCAUUUAUGUACAGCGAAAGGCAUUGUAAAUAAGGCACUGGACUAACUUAAGUCAGUUUAUGAGACGUAUGUUACCCUUUUGUAUUUCUACUUGUAAAUCAGCAACAUGUUAUUCUUAGUAAGCUUAAGUUGUUGUUUGAUGGUAUGAGAAUCAGAUUGACUGAGUGCUUUGAUAUUUUUUUGCAGGGCAGUGGCAUAUUUGACAAUGAAUGGAGAUAUCAUCUGACUACAACUAGCUUUGUGUUAUGCAUAAUUAUGUUAUCAAAGAGACUGUAAGUUUAUUUGUCAUGUCUGUUUCUUUGGAGUCGUUUCAUUUCGUAAAACAUUGCAGAAAUGCUCAAGGCACGUAAUUGAUGAUGAAUAAAGGUGAUCAUUAAUAGACAUGAA